CCCACCUUCCCAGAUGCUCUGAGGUGGCUGAGGCACACACCCCUGCAAGACGGUCCCCAUCUCCAAAUUCUAGCUUUAUAGCUUUAAAUUUCAAAGGAUACAAAUAAACCAAAUAAAGCAUAGGAUUCAUUUCUGCUAAAGAACAACUCCCUUGGUACAGCCAAAAAGACCAGUGUUUACUUUUCCUUGAAAGAAUGGAGUUUGCUGGGGAGAUCAGCACAGGAAGACCUUAAGGACUGUGUUUAUCCUUAUUCUCCCUGGAAGCUGAUCAUCCACUGUGAGAACUAUCUGGCACCAUGGGAAAGCGGGAUAAUAGAGUGGCCUAUAUGAAUCCUAUAGCAAUGGCCAGGUGGAGAGGCCCAACUCAAUCUGCAGGCCCAACGAUCCAAGAUUAUCUGAAUCGACCAAGGCCCACCUGGGAAGAAGUGAAGAAACAGUUAGAAAAUAAAAAGAAAGGCUCAAAGGCCUUAGCUGAAUUUGAAGAAAGAAUGAAUCAAACUUGGAAGAAGGAGCUUGAGAAAAGCAGAGAGAAAGUAUUAAGUGGGAAUAUGAGCUCAUCUAAAAAGAGAGACAGAAGGAAAAAGAAAAAGAAGAAAUCUUGCCACUAUUCAUCUUCCUCAAGAAGCUCUGAUUCUUCAAGUACUCCUUCAGAUUCAGAGGAUGAGCCAAAGAAACACAAAAAGAAGAGACGGAAAAAAAAAUACCAUUCUCACAAAUCAUCUGAAAUUUCUGUGUCAGGAUCAGAGUCAGAGAGCAAGGGAUUGCUGAAAAAGAAACAGAAAUCAAAGGAUGAACCCGAGAAAGAAAAAUAUAUUCAAAGCCUCAGCAAAAAAAGGAAGAAGGCUUGUCUGGAGGCUCAGUCAUGGUCAUCUGAGUCUAUGGCAGAUUCAGAGGAUGAAGAGGAGGUGCCGGCAAAAAAGAAGAGAAAACACGAAGAGCAAGAAAAAGCAAUGGAGAAAGGCAAGAAAAAGAAGAAGAAGAAACAACACAAAAAGCAUAGUAAAAAGAAGAAAAAGAAGUCUAGCUCAAGUCACAAGUCAGUAUAACA